AUGUUUCUUCAAGAAGCCUCUCGAAAGCGCAGCGCUGCUCAUGUUGAGGACCCGAUUCACGUUCCUAAUGCGGCUUCUGGGGUUUACAUCAAGCGCCCGCGAAUUUCAAGACCCAGAGUCCAACCUCAAGCAUUGAUGUAUAACCAACCACAAAUGUUGGUAUAUACCAAUGCGGGAAUGGCGAGCAGUUCGCAACAUCUUGCGGUGGAUACCUUCGCUGGCAGACGGAGCGUGUUGGUCCAAACUCCCUAUCCAAACUUCAACAACUCGGGUUACGAUCCCAAUGCGACCUCCAGGGCUUAUGUCCAGCGUGCAAGAAUGGGACCGCCUCAACCUCAACAGCUGAUAUAUACUCAGCCUCAACCGUUGGUAUAUACCAACAGAGGAGUGAUGACGGGGUUCCAAUAUCUGCCCCCCGCUAUGCAUGCUGCUAUGGGGAGAGAGGUGGUACAUAGAGCAUAUUCGAAUGUCAAUGCACAAAGGACAUAUGCAGAAGUCGAGGCAUUCAAGUUGAAGCUGGCAUUGGAGUUGUUGAUGGGACCUACACCUAUAACUCCUAGCUUGACACACAGAAGUCAAUUUAGUCCGACUUCAUCUAUCUCUUCCGUACCACUGCCAGUCACGCCAUCGCCAACCAGACCACCGAAUCAGACAGCUUUGUCACAAAGUGGAUCAAACUUCUCAUGGAAAUAUCAUGGAGCAACCCCAUUACCACAUGUCACUGAGCCAGACACAACUCAGUACUGGUUGGCAAAUGUUUCUGGAGCAAACAGGGAGGGAAUGAGGUAUCAACAACCAUUCCAAGCACCAAAUCGUCAGGUACUAAACACUAGACCAAAUAACGACGAAAAUCAACAGCUUCUGGAUGGUUUACCUCAUCUAAAAACUCGACAAGAAAAGGAUGAGGACAAGAAGAUACUAGAUGAUCUUCAGUGUUGUUCUCUUUGCUUGAUCCCAGGCACUGAAACUUGUCAAGCUGGGGUUGAUAUAAGGCCUUUUGAAAUCUUUCUGGAUAUGGUGGAGAUGAUCCUGUUGUUCAUCUCACACAGAUGUACUGUCACUGAAGCACUUGACUCGUGCCAGGUUCCAGCGCGCCCACCACCUGAUGAUCAUCUUAUGGUGAGAGAUGCUUUGGGAAUUUCUGUUCAAGAAGAAGAACCUAGACAAUCUACUUCUACAUGA